GCUGCUCUGCCUUGCGGUUAGCGCCGGUGUACAAUCAGAUAGAUUGGCUGGCAUCACUACCAGGACUGCUGACACGUGCACCGAGCGUGCGAGCGAUUUAGCAUCACCGCUGCGGUACAGCUGUUCAGCAAAACCUCACAGUGCACUGAGGCUGCUGCCAACACACAGAGAUGCACUCAAUGCUCGUCUUCACACUCUGCGCCACGGCCGCGGCCGACGUGACCUGGCGCAACCUCAGCGUGCAGCGCCCGGACCGCCAGUUCUUAUUGAAACCGACGAGUGGCGUCGCGCGGGCCGGCAGCGUCACGGCGGUGCUGGGCGCGAGCGGCGCGGGCAAGUCGACGUUCUUAAGAGCAUUGGUCAAUGCGGCGCCGCGGGGCCGCGCAACAUCAUCAGGAAAUGUGCAAGCGGCCGGUACUAAGGUAAAGGGUUUGAGAUAUGGCGACGCCGCCUUGCUGGCGCAGGACGGUGCCCUGUUCGCGAUGUUGACGGUGCGGGAAACGCUGGAGUUCGCCUUGGCUCUAGCUGGCGUCGACAAGGCUACGCGACGGAAGCGCGCCGACGCCGAGCUGAGGAGACUCGGAUUUAUGAACGUGGCCGACCGGCGCGUCGGGUUCGAUGAUGGUGGUUCAAGUGCAGCGAUUAGUGGAGGGGAACGGCGGCGGUUAUGUGUGGCUGUCGAGUUAGCUAGAGCUCCGGAGCCGCGCGUUUUGGCCGCCGACGAGCCGACCACGGGCCUCGAUGGAGUGUCGGCCGAGCGGGUCGUAAGGGCCCUGAAGGAGCAGGCCGUUUCAGGCAAUACCGCGGUGGUUGCCUCAUUACAUCAGCCGUCGUCGAAGAUUUGGUUGAAGCACAUCGAUGCCGUCGUGUUACUGGCGCCGGGGGGCACGGUCGCGUACGCUGGAAGUACGGAGGACGUCCCACUCUUCGUGAAGCGUAUUACGGGCGAAGCUUUGCCGCCUUAUACGAACCCGGCGGAGUGGCUCCUCGAAAUUGUUACUGAUAAAAGCAUGGUGGAGAAGCUCGCCGAGGCCUCUCUCGUCGAGCCGCCGGCGAGUGAUGACCAAUCUCGAGCCUUGAGGCCGCCGAAGCGCGCUCCCUUGCUCCAGCGCAUCUCGUUGCUGUUCGGACGGGCCCGGCGCCAGGUCCUGAGAGAUGGUAGAGUGCACGCUUUACGGCUCUUCGCGACGGCGGGCCUAGGCGCCGUAUUGGGGCGAAGAUACCGCGGCGACGGGAAUAUUUUAUCGGUGGACGGCUGCGCGGACCGCGUCGCGAUGCUCAGCUUCGCCGCGAUCUCUACCGCAGUACUGGGCGUGACGCGGUCGCUGGAUCUCUUCGCGAAGGAGCGGCCCGUCGUGGCCCGCGAGACGGAACGAGGUUCGUACGGAGGCGCCGAGUACGUCCUCGCCAAAGCUCUAGCUGAAUUACCAUUGGACGCGUUCUUCGCGGCGCUCAUGGGCUGGGGGCUACAUUUCUCCACACCAGGGGGUCUACGGUCGAGACCGGCGGGGCCGCUGGCGUUGGUCGCCGUCGCGGCGUCUACUUUGGGGUUGGCCGUCGGUGCGGCUACGCCCGACGCGGAUGCCGCGCUGGCGUUGGGCGUACCUCUGACGGUCAUCCACAUGCUCACGGGGAUCAUCAAUCCCGCCGGCGAGAAGGCUCGCAAGAAACCCGUGGCGGCUCUAUCCCCAAUCAAGUGGGGCGUCUCGUGGCUCAUCGACCGCGAGUUCCGCGGCGCGACGCUACAGCGGGGCACGGGCCCUCGAUUAGGCGGCCUGGCUUCCGUCGUGACGGGCGACCAGGUGCUCGAGCGGCUCGGUUUGGCCGCGACGCGGCCACACUUGGGGGCGCUCGUGGCGUUGGGGGUGAUUCAUUUGACGGUCGCUGCUGUUUGCUCGGCGUUUCGCGGGCGGGGGCGGCGGUGAGUAGGAG